UUAACGGCACAAUAGUCCUGCCACCCAAGCAGCGCUCGCCGCGUGCCCACUGUUGGGUGAUCAGACACCAGGCGCCGAGUCCCAGACCCAUUCCCAAUAAUGAAUAGAAAUAUUCUAUUAAAACAGACAAAAACAAGAAAGCAGAACCCUUCUUUAAAAGGAAAAGCAAGGAAAAAAGAAUCAAUCAAAUCAGCCUCGUUUCAUCAGGAUCGAUAGGGAUCCACCUGUCGGAACGUCGUGGCAUCAGCCUCGUUUCUGUCUCUGAUCGCCUCCACGCGAUAUAUAUACCGCCGCUGCUCACCUCCCUCUUCUCCAACCUCGCACUCAAAGCUUCUUCUUCUUCUCCUCCCUUUCGGUCUCGGCUUUCCUUCCGACGCAGCUCAUUCCAUAUUCGGCUCCCCUUCCUCUCGCCAUAUAAAGGACCCUGCCGCUCGACGCAGUGCACAUCCACCCAGGGGCUGAUCGAUCGAUUGUUUGCUGUGUGAGUUGUGGCAUCCACAGAUGGGUAACCACCAGAAGCUGCUCAACUUCCUCCGGCCGGACCCCGCGGUGGCCGCAUGCUCGCCGAGGUCCUUCUCCUCCUCUUCCGCAUCCGUGUCAGACGACGACGGCUACAGCUCCUCGCCGUGGCGCUACGGCGGCUCCUCGACCCCGCCCACGCCCAAGUCGCCGUGGGCGCACCUCCCGGGGCUCGCUGCCGGGGGCGCCUCUGCCCAACAUGAGGCCACGGGGCUCAUCGCGUCGCUGGUCAAGGAGGACGGCCACGUCUACUCGCUGGCGGCCACCGGGGACGUUCUUUACACCGGAACCGACUCUCGGAACGUGCGCGUGUGGCGGGAUCAGCGCGAGCUCGCCGGGUUCAGGACCGCCAGCGGCCUCGUCAAGGCCAUCGUCGUCGCCGACGACGGCCGCAUCUUCACCGGCCACCAGGACGGCAAGGUGCGCGUGUGGCGCGCCGACGCGGGCAACCCCGCCGCGCACCGCCAGGUGGGGUCGCUCCCGAAGCUCAGGGACUACCUCAAGAGCGCCGUCAACCCCACCAGCUACGUCGAGACGCAGCGCCGGGGGCGCCAUCGCGCGGUGUGGCUUCGGCACUCGGACGCCGUGUCCUCCCUCAGCCUCGACGAGGGCGCCGGGCUGCUCUACUCGGCCUCGUGGGACAGGACCUUCAAGGUGUGGCGCGUGUCGGACUCCAAGUGCCUCGAGUCCGUCAGCGCGCACGACGACGCCGUCAACACCGUGGCCGCCGCCGGGUUCGACAGCGUCGUGUUCACCGGGUCGGCCGACGGCACCGUCAAGGUGUGGCGGCGGGAGCCUGCCGCGAAGAAGGGAGACGCGACGGAGCAUGUCCUGGAGAAGGUGCUCAGGAAGGGCGAGGGCGCGGUGACCGCCAUCGCCGUGUCGCCCGAGGACCGCGUCGUGUACGCGGGCUCGUCGGACGGGCUGGUCACCUACUGGUACUGGGCGGACGGUGAGGCGAGAUACGGCGGCGUGCUCAAGGGCCACAAGAUGGCGGUGAUGUGCCUGGCGGUGGCCGGCAACGUCGUCGUCAGCGGCUCGGCCGACCGGACCCUCUGCGCGUGGCGCCGCGACGGGGCAGAGCACGCAUGUCUAGGCGUGCUGGCCGGACACACUGGGCCCGUGAAGUGCGCCGCCAUGGACGAGGAGGCGGCCGCCGGUCCGGGCGGCGAUCGGCGGUUCGUGGUGUACAGCGGGAGCCUGGACGGGUCGGUCAAGGUGUGGCGGCUGUCGGACGCGGAAGCAGGGCCGGGCACGACAGUGCCGGUGACGGAGCGCACGGCAGCAGCACGGGCGCAGCCGUCACAGGUGUGGAGAGGCCAGUCGGCUCAGGCGCCGUACGCGGAAGAGUGGGCGCUGGCGCUGCACCAGACGCCGGAGCUGAAGCGCGUGCUCGUGGCAGCUGCGUGAAGUCGAAGCAAUGGUGCGUGCGCGCAUGGAAACAAUGUACUGCCCACGGUUCUGCGAAGAAGGAAAGAGAGCAGAGGGCGUUAUCUGUCCCCUACCUUCUGGUGAUGGCGCGUGAGUACGUGCUGACGAGUUCGUGUCCAUCGUGUAGGUCUUGGUCGAGUCCGAGGCCGUUGGUGAUCUGUUGUAGGCCAGUCGCUUUGUGCGUGUUGGAGCGCGUCGAGUGCGUGCGGCCGGAGUGUGCAGGCUCGUGUUGACCGGGCUGUGCGUGCGUGAUGUUUGUUUGCUAGUGCAUGGAAUGCCUGCUCGUUGCGGUAUGUGUGCAUGUAGGUCGGAAGUUCGUGGCAGUAGAGAUAGGAUCAGGUAGUUGUUUCAUUGUUUGUGUGUGUGCGUGAGUGCUAGGUAAUGUUAGGGGGUGUUUGUUUUUCAAAUAACUAGACUUUUUCUAGUCCCAUAGACUAAAGAAAAAAAGUCCUUUCAUUAAA